UGUUUGAUUAUUUCUGUCAAUCUCUGUUUACUUGAAAGGCUAGAAAGUAAUAAUUCAGCUCGAAUUUGGCCUAUUAGCAUACACUUUAUAAACAGAACAGCUUUAAUGUAAAUAAUUGUGACGAAUAUGUUCCGUACUCAUUUAUGGUGGUAUAAAAACGCUGUAAUAAGGCGUUUUUUAUGUACCAACAUUGGUUUCGCUAAUGCAAAUCAAGCAGCAAAAUUUUAUGCUCCGCUUUUAGAUCUCAAGGAACCUGCCACCAUGCGGCAUCUUGUCAAAAAUGAAUUUCUAGUGGAGUUAGACAAGGAUGAUGUCAAAAAAAAGAUUAAGUAUCUGAAAUAUUUAAAUGCCACUGGGCCAGAAAUAUUGCGGCAUGCACAUAUAAUGAUGCUACACUUGAUUACGCUAGAAAAUAGAGCUACAAUUUUACGAGAGUCUGGAUUUGUGGAAACACUAACUGUUUCGGCAUUAGCAAAAUAUUUAACAAUCGUUCGACAAAGUGUGAAAUCACUAAAAUUGAAUCGGCUCAUUCCGAAAGACCUAGACAUGAUUGAGCAAUUAAAAAAGCAAUUCGAUAUAUCGGUUUGUCCAAAUCUUGUCGAAAACGAUGACCAAGUGAAGUUACAAGAAUUGAGAAAAGCGUUUUUGACUGAGUUUUUGAAACUUCGUUUGGAUCUCUCUGACGACGAGACGAAUAGAUUGUUUACAACGUAUUGGAGGAUGAAACAUCGCAGUUUUGGUCACACUCAACGGGUUUUAGAUAUUUUGCAGAACGAUUACAACUUCAGUCGAGACAAAAUAAUUGGAAAUUUUUAUUUGCUUUGUGCAGAUCCGGAAAAUUUAGCACGUUUUCCGGAAGUGGUUCCGGCAAUUGCCGAAACUAGCAUAAAGGAUGUUAUAUCGAAGCAGCCUAAAAUAGCGAUGGUUCAGUGUGAAAAAGUGCAUGAUUUAUUGAAUGAGUUACGCAAGCAAAAGAUUAGCGAGAAAGGGAUACUGAUCGAUCCUAUUAUUCUUACACUGUCUCCAGAUACGAUUAGAGCUAGGUUAAAAGAGUUGCAGAAACACAAAGAGUUCGAAGUAUUUUUCAAUCACCCGCGAAUCAUAAAACUGAUUGCGUAUCAAACAAAAGCUUCAAUUCGUUUGGAUUUUCUCCGACAGUUGAAAGUUCGAUGUGCGUCAUUGAACGUACUCUCUGGACACUCCAAGAAUUUUGAAAGGUACGUUCGUGAUGGUUAUGAUCGAACGAUGGGUCAAGAUACUUGGCAUUAUCUCAACAGGAUCUUCAAACAGGAAGGAAAAAAAGCGCUUAGCCAAAUAAAACUGCAUCCAAAUUGGUAUCACGUACCGGUUGUGCAGCUAUCCAAUACUUAUGAAUACCUAACUGAAAAAGGAUUUGUGUUAGAUAGUAUUUUCGAAAAUGUUCAAAUUCUUUUGUACCCCAGGUUCCGCAUCGAAAGUAAAUUACAAACGCUACUGGAGUGUAAAAAACGUAAAGUGCAACACGAUGAAAUGGGACUAGAAUUGGCAUCGGCAACACCUAGCCAAAUUUUAGCAUUAUGUUUGUAUUUAAUUGAAGUUGAUUUUCAUUUUACUGGCGAUGGAGUUUGGCCGGAAGAGAAUCAGCAUAGCGAUGCUGGUGCAGUCACCAACAUAAAAAUACCGAACACUCUUCAGACUGUGUAUAAAUAUGGUAGAAAACCACCAGAACUCGCUGGUAUUUAGAGACUGAGUUUCAUUAUUCGACUGUUUAUUAGUAUGUGGUCCAUGUGGAAUUGGUGUCAAAUGAUUAGCUGUCCUUUACGGUUUUGAUUCAUCUGGUAGUUCAGCGGAUAACUUCGGAUUUGAUUAACUUGCAACAUACAAAAUAUGUCGCAAAAGCUUGUUUGGUGUUCAGAUUAAAAUUUCAGAUUUGCGAUUGUAGUAUAUUUUGUUCAUAUAUUUGAAUUGAGGAGAGAAUCAACUUGCAAAUAAGAAGCAUCAUUGUAUUAUAACAAAAAUGAACACUUGUCAACCGCAGUAUAUUUUUUUUUCGCCAUAAGCAAUAUGCUAUCUGCUUCUAACCACUUUUCGUGUUGAUGCUACCGCAGCUAAUUGAGUGGAAGACCCAAUUAUAUUCUAAUCGAUAAUGUAAUUUUGGCAAAAUUGAUAAUUUUAAUUUAACGGUCACUUGUUUCGCAAAUUUGUUUAGAAAAUUUUCAAUUCAGGUAGGUAUUCUAAAAGCUACACCGUCGAUUAAAAAUAACGCACA